AUGAGUUUUAAAAUUGAUAUCAAGAAAGAAAAACGCUCCCUGAACAUCGCUCAAUUCGGAGCGGCGAGGCAAAAAGCUAAGAAUCAAGGAGAGAAGCUUGAUAUUCAAAAUAUCGCGAAGAAAACAAGCGUUCAUGCCACUUUUACGGGGCAAGGAAACUCGCUGAAAGAAGAAACAACCGGAAGAAUUGAAGAAGAAAGAAAAAUUGACGAAGUUGAAGUCAAAAUUGAUCGGAGUUUGCCAACUACAAAGCUUCGAUUCCGAUUUCCUUCUGAACAACGAGAGCGAAUCUUCAACACCAACACAUCAAUUUCCUCCCUUAUAGACUUUUGCUCUGGGAUUCUUGGAUAUGAAGCCGCAGUUUUUGAAGGUUUUCCGCCGAAAGAAUUGGGAAGAAGUGAAGACAGUUUGGAGAAAUUGAAGAUUUUGAAUACUGUUCUAAGCGUGAAAAAGAAAUAA